AUGGGUUUGGAAAACAGGAAAACUGUCCUCCAAGGACGAAAAACGGCAAACGGAACAAAGUCUGGAUGCGCCGCGUUUGGCCACUCCUGUUUCGGUGCUCAUGGCAAAAGAGCCCUCGGGGUUGCCAACCCGGAAGACGUACUUCCGGAAAAUGAAGCCCAUCUGAUUAUGGAAGACGAUUUAAGUCGGGAGCAAGAGUCGAAACUGGAUGGUCCUGAGUGGAGCAAACUGCUGCAGAGCUCUCCUUUGCUGCGAGCCCUGGUGGUGGCGAAUGCGCAGAGACUCAGUGACCGGGUGCUGCUGCAGGAUGAAGCUGAUCAUCAGCAGGAUGAGCAAAUGCUGGAGGAUGACCUCAGAUUCAGGAAUGUCCGCCUCAGGCCUCAUCAGGGGUUCCAAGGCAGAAGGAAACUGGUUAACCGACGUCAACUCCUCAUACCUAAUCAGGACACCAGCAUCGAAAUGGACCAGAGUUUCAUGGAGAAUGAAGACUGAAUCGCCAGCAAGAAGAAGAAGAAAAGAAGAGCGAGCUGAAGUUUGGCGAAGAGUUCAACUGGACACCUUCCUUUUACCUUCUGUCGCAGUUUUUGUUUUGCCAAAUACUACAAAGAAAAAUUACCAUGCUUCAAAAUGGUCAUAACAUCUGAAAAAGAAUGUUUCAAGUUGAAGUUUAUUGAUUUCAAAUUCCUCUCAAGAGUUUUCUUUCAGCAGCUUGAGUUUCUUUUCGUUUUCAACCGAAGUUCCUAAUAUGGCGUUAAUAUAAUUACGAAAAAAACCUCAUCACCUGAUUAUUCAACGUUGAACAUCCUGUACUUUCACUGUCUGCUUGGAAAUUGAAGGCAGAGGAAUAAAGAAUGAAGAUAUGGAAAAA